UUAUUAUUAAUAAUAAAGAAAGAAGAAAGAAGAAAAAAGAAAACAUUGAAAUAAUAAUAAAAGAAUAAAGAAGAAGAAGGUGGCACUUGGAUCCAGAUCUUCUCCUGUUCUUCCUUCUCUAUAAACAAAAAUAAAAACAUGGGGUUUCCCCCUCUACAAUCCCAAAACAUAUCAACCAUUAUCUUCUCUCAACAACAAUGCCUGAAAGCUUAAGGAAUCUUUCACUUUCUCCCAAAAUCUUCUUCUUCACCUUGCUUCUUUCAUUAAACAUCAUUCUCCUCUUUCCAUGUUGUUGUUUCUCACUUAAUGAACAAGGCCAAGCUCUUUUAUCAUGGAAGAACAGUUUAAACAGCACUUCAGAUUCAUUAGCAUCAUGGAACAAUUCUACUUCAACACCAUGCAACUUUUUUGGUGUUCGUUGCAACUCACAAGGGGAUGUUGUCCAAAUAAAUUUGAAAUCAGUGAACUUGGAAGGUUCAUUGGUACCUUCAAAUUUUCAACCAUUAAGGUCAUUGAAGAUUCUUAUCCUCUCAUCAACAAACAUCACAGGAAGGAUCCCAAAGGAGAUUGGAGACUACCAAGAACUCAUGUUUCUUGAUCUUAGUGGCAAUUCUCUAUUUGGCGAAAUCCCAGAAGAGAUUUGUAGGCUAAGAAAACUAGUUAGUUUGUCCCUUCACAGAAACUCACUUGAAGGAAACAUUCCAUUCAGCAUUGGGAAUCUAUCAAGCCUUGUGAACUUGACACUCUAUGAUAAUCAUCUCAGUGGUGUGAUUCCAAAGAGCAUUGGAUCCUUAAACAAGCUUCAAGUGUUUAGAGCUGGUGGCAACAAGAAUCUUAAGGGUGAGCUUCCAUGGGAGAUUGGAAACUGCACCAACUUGGUCAUGUUAGGUCUUGCAGAAACCAGCAUUUCUGGGAGAAUCCCUUCAUCAAUUGGAAUGCUGAAAAGGAUUCAAACCAUGGCAAUUUACACAACACUAUUGUCAGGUCCUAUUCCAGAAGAGAUUGGCAAUUGCAGUGAGUUGCAGAACAUUUACUUGUACCAGAACUCUCUCUCAGAUUCAAUCCCAAACCAAAUUGGAGAACUCAGCAAGCUUCAGAAUCUUCUUUUAUGGCAGAACAACAUAGUUGGUAGAAUCCCAGAAGACCUUGGAAGAUGCAGAGAGAUCAAGGUCAUAGAUUUCUCCGAAAACCUUCUGACAGGUAACAUUCCAAGGAGUUUUGGUCAGCUUUCUAAUCUUGAAGAGCUUCAGCUUAGUGUCAACCAGGUCUCAGGCUCCAUACCUCCUGAAAUCUCAAACUGCACCUCUCUGGUUCAGCUGCAGCUCGACAACAACGCUCUCUCCGGCGAGAUUCCGGCACGCAUCGGCGACUUGAGAAGCCUAACUCUGUUCUAUGCUUGGCAGAACAAUCUAACAGGAAAACUCCCAGAUAGUCUUUCUGAGUGCCAAGAACUUGAGGCACUUGAUCUUUCAUACAACAAUUUGAUAGGUCCAAUUCCAAACCAACUAUUCGAAUUGAAAAAUCUCACCAAACUCUUGCUUCUUGCCAAUGAUUUAUCCGGCGUUAUUCCGCCGGAUAUAGGUAACUGCACUAGCCUAUACCGGCUCCGGUUGAAUCACAAUAGACUAGCAGGUAACAUUCCACAAAAGAUUGGAAACUUAAAAAAUCUGAAUUUCUUGGAUUUGAGCAACAACCAUCUCAGUGGGGACUUUCCUCAAACACUUGGUGGGUGCCAGAACCUUGAGUUCUUGGAUCUUCAUUCAAACAGCAUCACAGGUUCUGUUCCUGAUUCUCUUCCCAAAAGCCUUCAAUUAAUUGACAUAUCAGAUAACAUGCUUUCAGGAUCAUUGACUCAUUCCAUUGGUUCACUGAAUGAAUUAACAAAACUCUACCUUGGAAAGAACCAAAUCAAUGGAAGAAUACCUUCAGAGAUUCUCUCUUGUUCCAAGCUACAACUUCUUGAUCUAGGAAGCAACAGUUUCUCAGGGGAAAUCCCAAAAGAACUUGGCCUACUUUCUUCGCUCGAAAUCUCGCUGAAUCUCAGCCAUAACCGACUCUCCGGCGAGAUUCCGACCGAGUUUUCGAGCCUGGGAAAGCUAGGAGUACUUGAUCUCUCACACAACAAUCUCACAGGGAACUUAGAUGCUCUUUCUAGCCUUCAAAAUCUUGUUUCCUUGAAUGUUUCCUUCAAUGGCUUCUCUGGUGAAUUACCAAACACACCAUUCUUCCAUAAGCUCCCUCUCAGUGAUCUCGCCGAAAAUCAAGGUCUCUAUAUUUCUGGAACUGCUAUAAACUCUUCUUUGAAAACAGAGUCAAAGAGUCACAAAAAAUCAGUUAUGAAGUUUGUUAUGUCAAUUCUCCUUAGCAUCAGUGCUGCACUGGUGCUGCUAACGGUCUGCGUCCUGAUUCGUUCACGAUUGAACGAAUCAUGGACGCAGGCCGAUAGCUGGGAAUUGACAUUAUAUCAAAAAUUUGAACUAUCCAUUGAUGAAAUUGUCUUGAAUUUGACCUCAUCGAAUGUGAUUGGAACCGGAAGCUCUGGAGUGGUGUACAAGGUAUUGAUUCCCAACGGCGAAAUACUAGCCGUUAAGAAGAUGUGGUUGUCCACGUCAUCGGAAGAAUCUAGAGCAUUUGAUAACGAGAUUCGAACACUUGGAUCAAUUAGGCACAAGAAUAUCAUAAGGCUCCUUGGUUGGGGAUCCAACAGGAACUUGAAACUCCUUUUCUAUGAUUAUCUCCCUAAUGGAAGUUUGAGUUCUUUGCUUCAUGGUUCAGGGAAGGGGAAAGCUGAAUGGGAAACAAGAUAUGAUGUUGUGUUGGGUGUAGCUCAUGCACUUUCAUAUUUGCACCAUGAUUGUGUUCCUUCUAUAAUCCAUGGAGAUGUUAAGGCCAUGAAUGUCUUGUUAGGACCUGGAUUUCAACCUUACCUUGCUGAUUUUGGUCUUGCAAGAAUUGCUACUGAUACUGAAAAUUCUAUGCAAGUACAAAGACACUACCUUGCUGGUUCAUAUGGAUACAUGGCUCCUGAGCAUGCAUCUAUGCAACCAAUAACUGAAAAGAGUGAUGUAUACAGUUUCGGAAUGGUUCUACUUGAGGUUCUAACAGGAAGGCACCCAUUAGACCCAACCCUACCAAUGGGUGCACCCUUGGUUCAAUGGGUUAGGAACCACUUAGCCAACAAAGGUGACCCAUCAGACAUCCUUGACUCAAAGCUCAAAGGGAGAUCUGACCCUACCAUGCAUGAGAUGCUACAAACUUUGGCAGUGUCAUUUCUAUGUGUUAGCACAAGAGCAAAUGAUAGGCCAACAAUGAAGGAUGUUGUUGCAAUGUUAAAGGAAAUUAGGCCUAUUGAAACAUCAAGGCCUGAUUAUGAUGUGCUGAAGAAUAAAAAAGGAGGUUUGAGCUUAGCAUCACAUAGUUCUUCACCAAUUAGACCACCAUCACCAUCACCAUCACCAUCACUACCUCCUAGGAAUGCUGUUGUUUCUCAUGGAUCUUCUAAUUGUUCCUAUAAUUUCUCUGAUGAGUCAAACAGUUAAGCAGUUAACUCAAUUUAUCAUGUAAAAGUUGUAAUUUUUGCCCAAUUGUAUAUAGUCUAUUGUAAUA